GAGACGCAGCGAGGGAGGCGGUGGCUCCGGCAGCUGCCUGCCUCUGCUGCACCGGGCGGUCUCCAGCCUGCGAAGACGCCCGGUGGGAUCGGGCCGCGGCGGGACGGGGCGCCGCGCAGCCAGCUCACGGCCUCUGUUCCUGAUGAAAGACUCUUUCCAAGGAUGGACUACAUCAGCGGGAGCUCCCGGGUCCCUUGUGGACACAAGAAAUACAUUUCCAAAAAUGAACUCUUGCUCUACUUAAAGACAUACAACCUCUACUAUGAAGGUCAGAACUUGCAGCUACGGCAUCGAGAGGAAGAGGGGGAAUUCAUUGUGGAGGGGUUGCUGAACAUCUCCUGGGGAUUGCGCAGACCCAUUCGCUUGCAGAUGCAGGAUGAGAACCAGCGCAUCCGCCCCCCGCCUUCUUCCUCCUCCUGGCAUUCUGGCUGCAACCUGGGGUCCGUCAUCAAGCCGACAACCUUGCCAGACAUUCAGGUGACGGAGGCCGAGCCCUCGUCAGACGGAGAUGGAACCAAUGGCGGAACCGAUGACAAAGAUCUGAAAGCCCAGCAAGAAGAUGCACCUCAGCUGAUGCGGACACGGAGCGAUGUUGGCGUGCGCCGCAGAGGAAAUCUCCGCACACCGAGCGAACAGCGGCGGAUCAAGCGACACCGCUUCUCCAUCAAUGGGCAUUUUUACAAUCAUAAAACGUCGGUGUUCACGCCAGCGUAUGGCUCUGUCACAAAUGUCCGCAUAAAUAGCACAAUGACGACACCACAAGUUCUGAAGCUGCUGCUCAACAAGUUUAAGAUUGAGAACUCAGCAGAGGAAUUUGCCUUGUACAUCGUUCACACCAGUGGAGAAAAACAGAAGCUGAAGGCUACGGACUACCCACUGGUUGCUCGGAUUCUGCAGGGACCAUGUGAACAAGUUUCCAAGGUUUUUUUAAUGGAGAAGGACCAGGUAGAAGAAGUCACCUAUGAUGUUGCUCAGUAUAUCAAAUUUGAAAUGCCUGUCCUGAAAAGUUUCAUCCAGAAGCUCAAAGAGGAAGAAGAUCGUGAAGUGAAGAAACUAAGGUGCAAGUACUCUGUCCUGCGUUUAAUGAUCGAGCAGCGAUUAGAAGAGAUCUCUGAAGGCCCAGCAACCAUGUAAAGCCUUUGGCGCGGUCACUGCCUGGUGUCCAGCAGAGAGGCUUCUUGAAGAAUAUUUGUCGACAAGAAGAAUGUGCUGUAAUGAGCAAAGAUGGCUCUUCCUCCUGGAGCCUGAACACAGAACCCACUUGGACCAACUGCAUUUUCCUUCCUCCCCAGUUACUGAAGGGGAACUCUGUGGAGCCUCUGUGUUUGGGGGCAGUAUACCCUUCAAAUAAUACUGCUUGCUAGGGACAGGCAGGAUGGCCAUAGACUGAUCCUUGCCCUGCUUGUCAGCUUGCGAAGGCAUCUGGCCGGCUGCCAUUGGGAAGAGGAUGCGGGGCCAGAGGGACCAUUUCGCCUCUCCAGCUGGGCACUUGCCUCUUCCAGAGUUUUCCAUUUGACUGGAACUUUUUUGUUUGGAGAGGGGGUGCUUGAGGCAGCCUUCCUGGCUGUCACAACAGGGGCGAGGCUUUUUGUCAUUCUUGAUCUCUAAGUAAAACACAAAAACACUCCCCUGCCCCACGGGGAGGGCCUAGUCGUGGACAUGCCCCCCCUCCCAUUCUGACUGCUCUUCUUCCCCAUUGCUGUUGCAGACCCACAAGCUUCAGGCCCAUCCUCAUCUCCCCACCCCCUCUGUCUGAAUUGGGGCCUCGGCUACUCCUUGCUCCCCUGAUGCCUCUGAGGCAAAGCUGUCACGUGCAGGGACGAUCCUUUCUGCUUGCUGCUCCAGCACCCUGGCAUUUGGCCCGGCGAAAGCAUAACGUCUCCCAGGGGGGCCUUUUCUUCAUGGGGCCCCUUCUCCAGGCACUUCUGCUGCCCAUGCCAGGAAGCUUUGAGGGAGACGGAAGGCACAAGGGCUCCAUCUUGGUCCAACAAGAAGCUCCCAGAACAUAUUCAUUGGGUCAGGGUUGCAGAUGGCCCCAAAAUGCAAAGCAUGGUUGCCUUCUCUGGAAGGUGCUCUGGUGGCCCCAGUUUUAUACUCUGUGUGAUUAUUCCCACGCUGAGGGACCCUUGUGAGCGGCAUUUAAAUAGCCUGUGGCCCAGCUGUGCAGGCCACAGUACAAAUCCCAUUGGCAAACUUUUUUUAGAAAGGUGGCUAUUAAAGCCAUGUUAGUUUGGCUAUAAUGACCACCAGAUGCAGCAGGUGCUUUAAGAAUGCCCCAUUUACUUUCCAGUUCAGUCGUGAACAUACCCAGGAGUGAGCUGGCAGGCCUUGCCGUGGAUCUUGGCCCUCCUACUUGAAUCUUUGCCCCAUCCCUGCUCAGAAAUCCUGAAGGUGUUUGAUGUUUCUCCGUCUCCCCCCCCCGCCAGCUCUGGAAAUGGCUUUAGUAUUGCCCUUUUCGAUAACCUUUCCCAGUUCUACAGGUUUGGAGGCAAAUCCCCGGGGCCAUUGCAAGAGACGUCGAUAGAAGCACAUCUCCUAGGGUAGCUCAGCAAAGCAGGGCGUUUCUCACCUCCCUCUUAUGUUGGUUUAGAAGAGCUGGGGAAUCCUCCUGCUGCAACAAGACAGCUCCUUCCGGGGGCAAUUUGUAGCAGAGAGGUGGAAGGGUGCUUCACCGUCUCCCUGUCUUCCACACUGUGCUCAUCCCUAGGCUGUUUUGCCUCCUGUGGAGCUCCAGGCAUGGGUUUACUCUUUCAAAAAUAGUUCUGGGGACUCCUCAGAGGGCAAAGUUUGCAGGGAGGGGGGUUGCAGCAGAGGAAUGGGUUGGGAAACGGUUCAGCACCCUGUUUUGCCCACCACUUCUGCAUUCCAAAGUGGUCUCUUCCCUCCUAGAGUUGCUUUGCACUAACAGAAGAGGCCAUCAGGUGUUUGUUAUAUGUGUAAUAUGUAGUCCUGCCCUUAGUAGUGUCUGUGAAAGUUUUUUUGAGAAAAUAAAUAAUGAGCAGGUUACCCUGUUUGGAACACCCUCUAGAAAGGUUCUUUUCUCCAAGGUUGCUUCUUAGGACUGAAAUUACUGAGGAAAGUCCCACUGAAAGGCGAUGGAACUUCCUUCUGAGUGAACACACUUCAGAUUGCACUGGACGUCUCUCUCUCUCUCCCUCUCCCUCCCUCCCUCCCUCUCCCCCUAGCUAACCCCUUAACAGCAUUUCACUUCUAAAUUGCACUAGAUUGAUUGUGGAUAUUUUUUUAAGCUCCAGCCUUUCUGUUCUUAAUAUUAUCUAUAUGCCAAAUAUUACUGCACAGGAAAAUGACAGCAAUAAUUUAUAUAAAUAUUAUUAUUUUUUGAAAAGGAGCCAGCACAAGAACAGCCCUAGCGCCGCUGAUGCAUUUUGAGGCUCCAGAAUUCCUUUCUGGGCUGAAAAGCACAAAUGGACUUGCAACUCUGACUGUUGUCUGUGGGUUGGAUCCUGAUUUAAUGGUACUUGGAGACUCCACCUGCAGUGGAGGGUAGUUCAUUGGGCCGGCUCUGAGUACGUCUAGAUCUGGAUCCAAUCCUGUUUAGUUCAAAGGUUCAUUUUAUUCCAAUUCAUGUUCAUUGUUUCAGUCUCUGGUUUGUCUGUGGAAAUGGGAGGGUGGGACACCUUUUAAAAAGUGUGAGUCUGUUGUUGUUUUUAAGAACUGUUGGGUUCCAAGCAAGCUCUUAAUGAAGGUACAACUCAGGACUGCAAAGCUGACACAUUUCUCUGAUUAAGGGCUGGUCCACAUCACUUGAUCACUGGCAACCGAUUAUGUGAACUGACUUGUAUAGCAUCUUGUGAAAGUUCUGCCUGCCAUGCUAGAUCUGCAAAAGUCCUCCUUGCAUGGGAUUUUGCAAUAAUCAAGUGUAAAAAAGUGCAUGUAUGAGCCAGCCCAUCAUGUCUGAGGUAGAAGUUUUAAGCCAUCUGUUUCAGCGUAUUCACACAUGAAGGAACUUUUUUUUUUAUAACAAACGACAAGUAUGCUUGUGUGAACCAAACUUUAGCAUGGGACAAGAUUAGAGUUGCCAACAGUCUCGUGUUUUAAGGGCCAUCCUUAAGGAGGAAUAUUCUGGGAUGUAGAACUUUGUAGGGAAAAGCAGCACAGCUCUACAAAGUGCCCUUGUUUUAACAUAGUAUUAGCUGAUGUGCAAUACACCUCCAAUUGCACACUAUUCUUACCUGAGUGAGGGUUAGCAAUACGGUAAAAAUGCACUCUUGAUGGUAAGAGUGCCAUAACAUAGACUGAUAGCUGUGAACUGAGAGGACUCCAAUUCAGAUUUUACCUCUACUGUGAAUUCAUUAGGUGGCUGUAUGCAAACCACUUUCUCAGCCUCAGACCCCCCCUCCUUUUGUAGAAUGGGGGGGAGGAAGGGGUAAUAAUAUUAGUCUACCUUUCAGGGUUGUUGUAAGGAUUGCAGAGAUAAUGUAUGUAACAUGUUUUGGCAUCUUAGGAUGCAUCUGCAAAUGCUGAGUAUUUUUAUCCACAGGUGGUAUUUUUUACAUGUACUCCUCAGGCCUGCAACAUAAGCAUUGAUGGGUCUCCCAAUUGUAAUAGCAUGUAACACCCCUGCUCACGGAUCUGCAUUGGCUGCCGGAUUGUUACCGGGCCAAGUUCAAGGUGCUCUUAUUGGUAUAUAAAGCCCUUAACAGUUUUGGACCAGUUUACUUGCGGGACUGCCUUACCGCAUAUGUGCCCACUUGACUGCUUCCAUCUGCAAAAGAGGCACGGUUGCAGGUGCCACAUAAUACUCAUUACACACUUGUAAGAAAUCAUUCUUUUUGUGUGGCAGCACCUACUUUUGGAACUCUCUGCCUCUUGAUAUCAGGCAGGUGCCUUUGCUGUAUUCUUUUCAGCACCUGCUUAAACCUUUUUUUCCCUUUUGGUGAGCCUAUUUAGACACAUAGAUGUGGAUGUGUUUUAAUAUUUUUAGUCUGUUACUGUUUUGCUUAAAAAUGUUUUUAAUUACAUGUUUUUAACUUUUAUUGAUGUUUAAUCUCAUUUGUAAACCACUUAGAGAUUUUGUGUGUCUGUGUGUGUGUUUACAAUCAAGAAGUAUAUAAACUUAAAUAAAUAAAUGAUAUGUUUAGAA